AUGGCUUCCUGCAGUAGUCUCUUGUCUGAAGAUCAGUUCCAGUGUACUAUUUGUCUGGAUGUGUUCACUGAUCCUGUCACUAUUCUAUGUGGACACAACUUCUGCAAAGCCUGUAUCACCAAGUACUGGGACAACAGUGACCUGUGUCAAUGUCCCAUGUGUAAAAUGACUUUUGAUAAGAGACCAGAUCUUUAUGUCAACACUUUCAUCUCUGAGAUGGCUGCUCAGUUCAGGAAGUCAGAGCCACCGAAGGCUACCAUCAGUCCAGACCUGCGUCCUGCUAAACCUGAAGUGUCAUGUGACAUCUGUACAGGUACCAAGCUCAAGGCCCUGAAGUCCUGUCUGGUGUGUCUGGCCUCUUACUGUGAGACUCACCUGGAGCCUCAUCAGAGAGUUGCAACCUUGAAGAAACACAAGCUGAUCGACCCUGUGGAGAACCUGGAGGACAGGAUGUGUCAGAAGCAUGAGAGACCCCUGGAGCUGUUCUGUAAGACUGACCAGACGUGUGUGUGUUUCAUGUGCACAAGAACAGACCAUAAGACCCAUGACACUGUCACUUUAGAGGACGAGUUCAGACCAAAAAAGCAGGAUCUGGUGAAGAUGAUGGCUGAGAUGAAGCUAAUGAUGGAAGAAAGAUCUAGGAAGGUUCAGGAGAUCAAACUCUCAGUAGAGACCAGCAAGACAGAUGCAGAGAGAGAGAUAUCAGACAGUGUUAAGGUCAUCACUGCCCUGGUGCGCUCCAUUGAGAGAAGCCAGGCUGAGCUCAUUGAGGUGAUGGAGGAGAAGCAGAAAGCAGCAGAGAAACAGGCUCAAGGGUUGAUUCAAGAUCUGGAGCAGGAGAUCACUGAGCUGAAGAGGAGAAGCACUGAGCUGGAGCAGCUCUCACACACUGAGGACCACCUCCACCUGCUCCAGAGCUUCCCAUCCCUGAGCACCCCUCCACACACCAAGGACUGGUCUGAGAUCAGUGUCCACAGUGGUGUGAGUGUGGGGGCAGUGAGGAGAGCUGUGUCUCAGCUGGAGGAGACACUCAAUAAAGAGAUGGAGAAUCUGCCUGAAGUCAAGCUGAAGAGGAUUCAGCAGUAUGCAGUGGAUGUGACUCUGGACCCUGAUACAGCACAUCCCAGUUUCAUCCUGUCUGAGGAUGAGAAACAAGUGAGACAUGGAGACAUAAAGCAGGAUCUCCCUGACAACCCAGAGAGGUUUGAUCGUUGUCCCAGUGUCCUGGGAAAGCAGGGCUUCUCCUCAGGUAGGUUCUACUAUGAGGUGCAGGUUGAGGGGAAGACUGACUGGGAACUGGGAGUGGUCAGAGAGUCCAUGAACAGGAAGGGGCAGAUCACUGGGAGUCCUAAGAAGGGAUACUGGACUGUAUGUUUGAGGAAUGGAGAUCAGUACAAGGCUCUGGCUGGCCUCUCUCUCACCCUCUCCUUGAGACAGAAGCCCCAGAAGGUGGGGGUGUUUGUGGACUAUGAGGAGGGUCUGGUCUCCUUUUAUGACGUUGAGGCCAGGUCUCAUAUCUACCCUUUCACUCGCUGCACCUUCACUGAGAAACUCUAUCCAUUCUUCAGUCCCUGUCUGAAUGAUGAAGGUAGAAACUCUGCCCCUCUGAUCAUCACUCCAGUCACAACCUCAAAAACACAGAUGUGGAAAUCCUGGAGUUCAAAAGGAAAUAUGGCUUCCUGCACCAGUCUCCUGUCUGAAGAUCAGUUCCAGUGUUCUAUCUGUCUGGAUGUGUUCACUGAUCCUGUUUCUACUCCAUGUGGACACAACUUCUGCAAGGCCUGUAUCACCAAGUACUGGGACAACAGUGACCUGUGUCAAUGUCCCAUGUGCAAGGAGAACUUUGAUAAGAGACCAGAUCUUCGUGUCAACACUUUCAUCUCUGAGAUGGCUGCUCAGUUCAGGAAGUCAGAGCCACUGAAAGCUACCAUCAGUCCAGACCUGCGUCCUACUAAACCUGAAGUGUCAUGUGACAUCUGUACAGGUACCAAGCUCAAGGCCCUGAAGUCAUGUCUGGUGUGUCUGGCCUCUUACUGUGAGACUCACCUGGAGCCUCAUCAGAGAGUUGCAGCCUGGAAGAAACACAAGCUGAUCGACCCUGUGGAGAACCUGGAGGACAGGAUGUGUCAGAAGCAUGAGAGACCCCUGGAGCUGUUCUGUAGGACUGACCAGACGUGUGUGUGUCAGUUCUGCACUGAGACGGACCACAAGACCCAUGACACUGUUCCUCUAGAGGAGGAGUGUGAAGAGAGGAAGACUCAGAUGAAGAAGACAGAGGGAGACAUGCAGCAGAUGAUCCAGGAGAGACUGGAGAAGGUUCAGGAGAUCAAACUCUCAGUAGAGACCAGCAAGAGAGAUGCAGAGAGAGAGAUAUCAGACAGUGUUCAGGUCUUCACUGUUCUGGUGCGCUCCAUUGAGAGAAGCCAGGCUGAGCUCAUUGAGGUGAUUGAGGAGAAGCAGAAAGCAGCAGAGAAACAGGCUGAAGGGUUGAUUCAAGAUCUGGAGCAGGAGAUCACUGAGCUGAAGAGGAGAAGCACUGAGCUGGAGCAACUCUCACACACUGAGGACCACCUCCACCUGCUCCAGAGCUUCCCAUCCCUGAGCACCCCUCCACACACCAAGGACUGGUCUGAAAUCAGUGUCCACAGUGGUCUGAGUGUGGCGGCAGUGAGGAGAGCUGUGUCUCAGCUGGAGGAGACACUCAAUAAAGAGAUGGAGAAUCUGCCCGAAGUCAAGCUGAAGAGGAUUCAGCAGUAUGCAUUGGAUGUGACUCUAGACCCUGAUACAGCACAUCCCUAUCUCAUCCUGUCUGAGGAUGGGAAACAAGUGAGAGAUGGAGACUUGAAGCAGGAUCUCCCUGACAAUCCAGAGAGGUUUGAUCCUUGUCCCAGUGUGCUGGGAAAGCAGGGCUUCUCCUCAGGGAGGUUCUACUAUGAGGUGCAGGUUGAGGGGAAGACUAAGUGGACUCUGGGAGUGGUCAGAGAGUCCAUCAACAGGAAGGGGAGGAUCACACUGAGUCCUGAGGAUGGAUACUGGACUGUAUGGCUGAGGAAUGGAGAUAAGUAUAAGGCUCUGGCUGGCCCCUCUGUCCUCCUCUCCCUGAGACAGAAGCCCCAGAAGGUGGGGGUGUUUGUGGACUAUGAGGAGGGUCUGGUCUCCUUUUAUGAUGUGGAGGCCAGGUCUCAUAUCUACUGUUUCACUGGCUGCACCUUCUCUGAGAAACUAUAUCCAUACUUCAGUCCCUGUGUGAAUGAUGAAGGUAAAAACUCUGACCCUCUGAUCAUCACUCCUGUCAAUGACUGAAAAACAAGUAUGUUAAUUUACUACGGAGAGUGAUUAGAAAAUAUUCAUUCAGAAUCAAACAAUCAGAUGUUAGAAUCAGAUAUUGUAUAAUAUGAUCUAGAAAUAAUUUCCACAGAAUUGCUUUAUUGUAUAUUGCAAUUUAGCGUUCAGUCUCUCUACAGUAAACACUAUUACUUAUGCACAAGAAAAAGAUCAGAAUGGAAUCUAUAUAUUAUAAAAGUGACAGAUUCAUGAAAUGUAUGGUUGAUACUGUUUUAAAAAUGACACUCAUUCGUUUGAGAUAGAUAAAAGCAGAGAAGUAUCAUGCAAAAGAACAAACAAUAAAAAUGUUUACAAUUGAUAUAGAUUUUUUCCAGCAUCAUUCCCAAAGGGUCAUAGAAGGGUGAGAAGC